GAGGUGGGCUUUGGCAUAAGGACCAGCCCAUGACAGGUCAGUGGUACGGGUCACAUGGUCAGGAAGUCUAAAUGUUCUUCAGUAUUACUGGGGCGAGGAUAUAGAAGGAGAAGAUGCAUGUCAUUUGGCUAUUUGGAUGUUGGUGAACGUUGUGAGAACGCAGAGUUGCAAAGCCAAGGUAUACGGUCCGCUGGCUUACCCACUUGGUCACCUUGCAUAAGGACCUCUUCGUAGCUGUAGCCAUGGACCGCAUGGAGCUGCAGAAGAUCCCAAAUGAAGUGGAUGACAGCAGCAUCGACAGUCUGAGCGGUCAAUACACUGAACCUUUCGAGUGCGAAAAGGCAACUAUCAACAGCCAAUUCUGUGAUGAAGGCACAGAGAGUCAAAGGUUUCUCCCGAAUGGAGUUACAAAUAAGAAAUAUGAAGCCUCUCAUGAGGAAUAUCAUCCUGGCCACGCUUCCUUUGGGAUGUCAGUAUUCAACCUCAGCAACGCCAUCAUGGGCAGCGGGAUCCUGGGCCUCUCCUAUGCCAUGGCCAACACCGGCAUCCUGCUCUUUAUAAUCCUACUCCUGGGUGUGGCGAUUCUUUCCCUGUACUCCAUCCAUCUCUUGCUGAUGACGGCGAAGGAAGGACGUUCCCUGAUAUACGAGACUCUGGGCGAGAGAGCUUUUGGUUGGCCAGGCAAGAUGGUGGCCUUCGGCUGUAUAACUCUACAAAACAUUGGAGCUAUGUCCAGCUACCUCUUCAUAGUCAAGUACGAGCUGCCUGAGGUGAUCCGUGCAUUUAUGGGCCUGGAGGAGAUCUCUGGGUUGGUUGGUCGCCCUGUACAUCAUGGCCCUGCUCGCUGUUGUCUCUUUGCUGAAGCCCCCCUUCUCCCUAGUCCCAGUGUAGACACAAUUCUCUACUCAUCCCGACUUUCUUGUCCGCUCUUGCCCCCCCCCCCCCCAAGGGAAUGGUACCUGAAUGGAAACUACCUAGUGGUGUUUGUGUCCAUGGGUAUCAUCAUGCCCCUGUCCCUCCUCAAAAGCCUGGGCUACCUUGGCUACACCAGUGGAUUUUCCCUCUCCUGCAUGGUGUUCUUCCUGGCAGUGUUGAUGUAUAAGAAGACGCAGGUCCCCUGCCCACUGCCCAUCCUUGACCAUCACUUCUCUAACCAUAGUCUGAAUGGGUCUUUGAUGUUACCACACCUCCUCCCCAAUGACUCGGGGGAGGUGGGUUUCGCUCGGGCUGACCUGCCCAUGCCCCCAGCCCCACCCAGCCUGCCCAGUGACCACGUCUCAGAGGUGCACUAUGAACAGUAUGGUUCCAAUGACAUGUGCACACCCAAGUACUUCGUGUUUAACUCUCAGACGGUGUACACGGUGCCCAUCCUGACUUUCGCCUUCGUAUGCCACCCAGAGGUGCUGCCAAUCUACAGCGAGCUGAAAGAGCGCUCCCGGAGGAAGAUGCAGCGUGUGUCCAACCUGUCCAUCUUAGCCAUGCUCAUCAUGUACAUGAUGUCCGCGCUGUUUGGCUACCUCACCUUCUACGAGAAUGUGGAGCCUGAGCUACUGCACACGUUCACGAAGGUGUACCGCUUCGACACACUUCUGCUCCUGGUGCGGGUAGCGGUGCUGAUGGCCGUCACACUCACCGUGCCCAUCGUGCUCUUCCCCAUUCGCUCCUCCAUCGUAACCCUGUUCUUCACCGGCAAGCGGUUCAGCUGGAUCCGGCACAUUCUCAUCGCCGCCGCCAUCCUGACGUUCAACAACCUCCUGGUGAUUUUCGUCCCCAGCAUCAGAGACAUCUUUGGCUUCAUCGGAGCCACUGCUGCCACCAUGCUGAUCUUCAUCAUGCCGUCCGCUUUCUACCUCCGGCUCGUCAAGUCCCUCUCUUUCCGUUCACCUCAGAAGAUCUUAGCCACCGUAUUUCUUAUAAUGGGCUUGAUCUUCAUGAUGGGAAGUCUGAGCCUGAUUGUUUUGGACUGGAUCCACAACCCUCCCGGCAGUCAUUAGAGCCCUGGACCGAGCGGGCCACACUAACGGAGGGGCACGGGGACUAAGAAUAUGUGUACUGCACAGACUCUUACUGUGAAAUGCCCUCCAUCCCCAAGGAGUAUUAAAGAUACUCUGUUUGCUUCUGAAGGAGAGUCUCCUCCUUAUGUGUUUUUUUUUAAUGUUCUGGAAUGAUCUAUUUUGUGGUAACACUUCUUCUGACAUCGGCGGUACAAGUCCGUGAAGGUAGACCGAAGGGGUCGUCAUGUCAACCAUCUGAAACGUGUCACGGUGACCACCCAAGGCCGGAUGUGUCGUCCGCACGCAGCCAAUCAAAUCCGAGCGUGACCUCGAAGAUAAUCUAGUGGGGUGACGAUGGGGGGAAAGACUUCCGGAGUGAGCAGAUGCGGGGCCACGGCAACGUGGCACGAACCCGGCUUGCUGUUUUGCGGAUUUGGAAUCCGUCACCAGCCAAGAAGCACUUUCUGGACAUUUGUGUUUUCACGUCAGGGCCGGGUCCCUCCGCUCUCCCCCAAGCGAAGCACGAGGUUCUCAUGUUCCAUUUCAUUACUUCACAGGCAACGAUUUGCCAGAGUUAUACUCUAGCUGAAAGUAAAAAGUAUCCUUUUAUAAAUAAUCGUCCUAUGUUGUUUUCUUUUCUUUCUAUUUUUUAGCUUGAAAUCUUUCUUAUCGGACGUGUCAGCAUCACUUGGGUUUACCGUGUUGUUACUGUGCAUGUCUGAGCAGGUGCUGUGACACGUGAGGAUCUGAGUGCUGUCCGGUGUGACGUCUGAAGCUUAUAUCAGUUUUCUUAAAUUAAUGCGAGCACUUUUAAUUUCUCAGUGUCAGAAUGUAAACAACUCAUGAAGCCAACCGAGACUAUUUUGUUAUUUUAUGAGUAUUUUUAUACAUAAGUUAUAACCUGUUAUAUAAAUAUGUACUUGCUUUCAGCUUUAACAUACUUUGAUAGGAAGUCACAUUUAACCUUCUGAUCCAGCUCAGUUAUAUAAAUAGUUUUUUUUUCUAAUUCCCACCUACAUGUACUGUUUUUUUUACUGAUAACAUGUGAUAACUUGAUAGAUUUAUCUGAUUGGUUGGUCAUGUAUCCUCAAUCCCUCAUGCACCCACACCGCAAUGCACCUGUAUGUAAGCUUUAUACAGAUUUGUAAUUGUGUAUAUGUACAUAAUUUUGCUUAAUAAAUGUGUUGAUUUGACUCA